AUGCAGAACCGAAAUCUUUUUGUCUUUUCAGAAGAUUCGCUUGAACAUCUCAUAACGUCUUCAUCCUCAAGUGCCGAACCUGGUGAGGUUACUACUCCAUCAACAUCUGCUUCAGCAUCGCAAAAGAGCAUCAAGAAAGAUAAGACUUCUUUGAAACAGAAACUUGGCAACUACGCAGAUGUUCUUAAAGGAAUCAUGCAAACGAUGAUGGAUCCUAGCGGAAAUUCGUUGGAAGUUGAGGAAUUGCUAGAUGAGGUAAAUAAAUUUGUUCCUAGAAACGUGGUGGUAAGCGAAUACUAA